GAUUUCUACCAAAAGGAGGGUGUAUAUGUACUCGGUCAAGCGAGAACUUUUCUCCGGCAGUUACUAGGCGCCCACGGAUUUUCGCUGAUGUGGCCUAAGCCAGGCAGCCGCCGCGAGGCGUAGUCGGCCCCGCUGGGGCCUGCGAGGAGCCGGGGGAGGGACCCGGCCCGGAAGUGCCUAAGGGCGUAGGGGAGCCGGCGAGAGAUCCGGACCAUGGGGGACCACAACAUCAAUGGUAAAGGGGGUUGCGGCCCGUCGGUGCUGUUCCUGCACCCAGACCUGGGCGUGGGCGGCGCCGAGAGGCUGGUGCUGGACGCGGCGCUGGCGCUGCGGGAGCGCGGAUGUGAUGUGAAGAUCUGGACUGCCCACUACGACCCGGGCCAUUGCUUCGCCGAAAGCCGCGAACUGCCGGUCCGCUGCGCCGGGGACUGGCUGCCGCGCAGCCUGGGCUGGGGCGGCCGCGGCGCCGCGGUUUGUGCCUACGUGCGCAUGAUCUUCCUGGCGCUCUAUGUGCUGUUCCUCGGCGACGAGGAGUUCGACGUCGUAGUAUGCGACCAGGUGUCUGCUUGUAUCCCAGUGUUCAAGCUGGCCAGACGGCGUAAGAAGAUCUUGUUUUAUUGUCACUUCCCAGAUCUGCUUCUUACCAAGAGGGAUUCUUUUCUUAAAUGUCUGUACAGGGCCCCGAUUGAUUGGCUAGAAGAAUAUACCACAGGCAUGGCCGACUGCAUCUUGGUCAACAGCCAGUUCACAGCAGCCAUAUUUAAGAAAACAUUUACAUCCCUGUCUCACAUAGACCCCAAUGUUCUCUACCCAUCUCUGAAUGUUACCAGCUUUGAUUCAGCUGUCCCUGAAAAACUUGAUGAUCUAGUCCCCAAGGGAAAAAAAUUUCUGUUCCUCUCUAUCAACAGAUAUGAAAGGAAGAAAAACCUGACAUUGGCACUGGAAACCCUAGUAAAGCUGCGUGAAAGAUUGACAUCCCAAGAUUGGGGCAAGGUUCAUCUGAUCAUGGCUGGUGGUUAUGACGAGAGAGUCCUGGAGAACGUGGAACACUAUCAAGAAUUAAAGAAAAUGGUCCAGCAGUUGGACCUUGACCAGUCUGUAACCUUCCUGCGGUCUUUCUCGGACAAACAGAAAAUCUCACUCCUCCACGGCUGCACGUGUGUGAUUUACACACCAAGCAAUGAACACUUCGGCAUCGUCCCUUUGGAGGCCAUGUACAUGCAGUGCCCAGUCAUUGCUGUUAACUCAGGCGGGCCCUUGGAGUCCGUUGUCCACAGUGUCACGGGGUUUCUGUGUGAGCCUGACCCAGCGCACUUCUCAGAAGCAAUAGAAAAGUUCAUCCAUGAACCUUCCUUAAAAGCCACAAUGGGACUGGCUGGCAGAGCCAGGGUGAAGGAGAAGUUUUCCUCUGAAGCAUUUACAGAACAGCUCUACCAGUAUGUCACCAAACUUCUGGUAUAAUCAGAUUUUUUAAGGGGUCUAUGCUACAUUCAUUAAUAUCAUUCUUAAUAGAUUCUGGCCUCAAAACUCUAAUGCCAAAGACCAUGUAAAAAAUAUGCUUUAAUCUUGAAUCUGAGCCAUCAUCUUAUACUCCACACCUUUCUGUGUACUUUUUUGGAAAAACAAUAUGUUAUAAUAAUUCUGAGUCUUAUCAGUGUUAAGAUGUAAUCUGUAGCUCCGGCUGAUGUGGCUGUGUACAUUGAGCACCAGCCUGUGAACUGAAAGAUCGCCAGUUCAAUUCCCAGUCGGGGCACAUGCCUGGACUGAAGGCCAGAUUUCAGUUGGUACCUGGGUUGAAGGCCAGGUACCAUUCCACAUUUCUCUCCCUUCCCCUCUCUCUAAAAAUAAAUA